AUGGAGAAGCAGUCGAGGUGGUCGGAGCAACGCUCCGUGCAGCAGCACUCCGAGCGCCGCGAGCAGAUCGUGCAGCAGCAGGAACGCGUCCAGCGGACCCAGCACUUCACUCAGAUGCUCACGCAGCAAGUUGGAACUGUUGGUGGCGAUCGUGUACCCAUCACAGCUGGAAGGCCGGGGGAACCGUCUCCACCUAUAUUCGAACAAAUAUUUAAAAAUGCUAGAUUUGCCCAAGGCGGUAACGCCAAAUUCGAAGGGAAGCUCAGAGGUAAUCCAACGCCAGUGGUAUCGUGGACCAGAAAAAAAGCACCGUUAGUAGAAUGUAAUAAGUACAGUAUGAUUUACAAUGAACAGACUGGUGAUGUAUCGUUAUUAAUCAAACAAAUUGGACCCGGUGAUGAGGGAGAAUAUACGUGCACAGCAAGAAACCAGUAUGGUGAAGCUAUCUGCUCUGUGUACAUUCAACCCGAGGGUGUACCUGUGCCUACGCAACAAGCAUCUCAACAACAAAGUUACAGACACGUAAGUGAAAGUGUUGAACACAAGUCAUAUGGAACUCAUGAAUAUAUGACAGAACAAUCACAACAGUCACAAAAAUUUGCGUAUGCCAAUGGCACUGACCAUUCAGCUUCUGAAGACUUUAAAGUUGAUACCUUUGAAUAUAGGCUGUUAAGAGAAGUUUCCUUUAGAGAAACAAUUACGAAAAGAUAUAUCAGCGAAAGCGAUAUCCAGGUUAGUACAGAAAUCGAUAAGUCCCUAGGACCUGUAGCUCCACCAAAAAUAACUCAAAAGCCAAGGAACUCUAAACUUCAAGAAGGAACUGAUGCACAAUUCCAAGUACAACUCUCCGGUAAUCCCAGACCUCGUACAACGUGGUUCAAGAAUGGCCAAAGGCUAGUAAACUCUGCAAAACAUAAUAUAAUAAACACGAACAAUCAAACGAUACUUAGGAUAAGAAAUGUACAAAAGUCUGAUUCUGGUCACUAUACCUUGCUGGCUGAAAAUCCUAAUGGAUGUGUAGUUUCAUCAGCGUACCUUGCUGUCGAAUCACCUCAUGAGACAUACGUACAAGAUCAAAAAUCUCAGUACGCAAUGGAUAACAAUCAGCAAAUUGAGACUGAAAGAAUAGAAACUAGUGAAAAAGCUCUCGCUCCGCAAUUUGUAAAAGUCUGCCAAGAUCGCGAUGUCACGGAGGGCAAAAUGACGCGAUUCGAUUGCCGCGUCACCGGCAGACCUUACCCAGAAGUCACGUGGUUCAUUAAUGAUAGACAAAUUCGAGACGACUACAAUCAUAAAAUUCUAGUUAACGAAUCUGGUAAUCACGCUCUUAUGAUUACCAAUGUCGACCGUAGUGAUAGUGGUGUAGUAACAUGUGUCGCAAGAAAUAAAAGUGGAGAAAUUUCUUUCCAGUGUAGAUUAAAUGUAAUAGAAAGGGAACAAGUUGUCGCUCCAAAGUUCAUUGAACGUUUUAGUACUCUGAGUGUACGUGAGGGUGAACCUGUAAUAUUGAAUGCCCGUGCUGUUGGCACGCCUACACCACGAAUCACAUGGCAGAAGGACGGUGGUCCGAUUAUACCCAAUCCUGAAUUACGAAUCAAUACCGAAGGUGGGGCCUCGACAUUAGAUAUUCCGCGAGCUAAGGCGUCGGAUGCGGCGUGGUAUCAAUGCACGGCUCAGAAUGUCGCAGGUUCCACCGCUACUCGGGCAAGGCUCUACGUUGAAGUUCCUAAGGAGCCUCCGCCUGAACAAAAACGUCUGCACUUACCACGGCCUACAAAAAUAAUUGAGCCAGAGCCUGCACCUGGACCCGAAAUUAUUUAUUUGAGGCACGUGGAAAGAGCUCGACCAUAUGUCCCUCCUGGCGAGGAAGAUCGAAUUUAUCCACCGCCGCAGUUUAUUGUGCCUCUAAGAAGUGUUACUCAAACUGAAGGUGGAAAAAUACAUUUCGAGACGAGAAUCGAACCAGUGGGUGACCCCACCAUGAAGAUAGAAUGGUUAAAGAAUGGUCAAAGUAUAGAAGCCAGUUCCAGAUUUACAUCAAUCUUUAGGUUUGGUUACAUAUCUCUUGACAUGCUCAGUCUUAAUAUUCAAGAUAGUGGUGAAUAUACAUGUAGAGCUGUCAGCUCUACGGGCAUCGCAGAAACGAAAGCAAUGCUACAAGUUACUCCGAGAGCCACUAUUGAACGCACUAGUCAACAUCCUGAAAGUUUACAGUAUAUACAACACUUGGAAGAUUACUCUAAAUAUCAACAUCAGGAGUCAAUUGAAGAACAAAUAUCACAACGUCCUCAGUUCAUAAGGCCACUUCAAGACCUUGGUGAAUUACAGGAAGGUAGGAACGCUCACUUCGAAGCUCAACUAACCCCUGUAAGUGAUCCAACAAUGAGAGUGGAGUGGUACAAGGAUGGCAAAUCAAUCACAGCCAGCUCGCGAAUCACAGCAAUCUUCAACUUCGGAUACGUUUCCCUUAACAUCAUGCACCUACGGGUUGAAGAUGCAGGUUCGUACACAGUUAGAGCUGUGAACAAACUCGGUGAAGCCAUCAGCACUGCAACUAUCAAAGUAGCAGCAAGAAGUACCGUGACUGAAGAUCUCGGCAUACCUGAACAGAGAAGAUACAUAGAAAAGACUGAGCAACUUGAAGCUUAUCAACAACAACAACAUCAGAGAUAUUACCAAGAAGUACCUGAAAGUACGCAACGACCAGAGUUUAAAACUCCAAUCAAAGAUCAGAUGAACAUUAAGGAAGGUGGAUUCGCCCACUUUGAAGCUCGUCUUGAGCCAGUUGGGGAUUCUACAUUAAGGGUAGAGUGGUUGAAGGAUGGACGCGCCGUUGAAGCAAGUUCAAGAAUAACCACAUUCUUUAAUUUUGGAUAUGUAGCUCUGACUAUUAAGUCUGUUACCAUCCAUGAUGCUGGUAACUAUACGUGUAGAGCCUAUAAUGCUUUAGGCCAAGCGACAACUAGUGCUAAUUUGACAGUUGUUACAAAGAAAGAUGUUAUUGCUGAAUCUCAACACCCUGGAGGCUUAGAAAAGAUUCAGUACUUAGAAGAUUCUAGCAGGUAUUUAAAACGAUCAGAAGAAGAGGUUAAAGUAACUCAAAAGCCUAGAUUUUUGGGGCCACUUAAAGGAACAAACAAGAUUGUCGAGGGACAAAGUGCUCAUUUCGAAGCAAGAGUUGAGCCUCAGAGCGAUUUGACAAUGAUAGUAGAGUGGUACUUUAAUGGAAAGCAAAUAAAAUCAGCUAAUCGCAUUCAGACAUAUCAUGAUUUUGGCUAUGUAGCCCUGGAUAUAACAAAUGUUAGGGCUGAAGAUGCUGGUGUCUACACAGUUGUUGCGAGAAAUGCUUCUGGAGAAGCUCAACUGAGCGCUUCUAUGGUUGUUGAAACGCGAUCCAGCAUCGAUACUACGAGCAUCCACCAUGGAUUAUAUGAGAAAACUCGUCAAAUGGAAGAAUCAAAGUUUGUUGAACCAAUGUACCACAUAGAAGAAAUCUCGAAAUCCAAACCAGUCUUCGUGCAACCCUUGUCAGAUCCUAAAUCGAUUUCAGAGGGGAAGAACAUUCAUCUUGAAUGUCGUCUUGAGCCCAUGGGAGAUCCUACAAUGAGAGUUGAAUGGUAUCAUAACGGCAGAGCUGUGACCGUGGGCUCUCGGUUUAGAACCUACUAUGACUUCGGUUUCGUAGCUCUUGAUAUAAUUCAUGCCACAUCUUCAGAUUCUGGUGAGUACACAGUAAGAGCUGUUAAUCAUUUAGGAUCUGCACACACAUCGGCUAUGGUACGUGUAAUUGAAAGAUCAGACAUUGUGACGGAUACUCAACAUGAGCAAGCAGUUGAACAGAUUCAAAUGCUUGAAGACGCAGCGCGUCGUACCAGACAAGUGCAAGAAGAUAUAACUGUGAUGCAAGCGCCACAAUUCUCAAGAGCAUUGCACAAUAUCGAGACAAUAGAAGGAACAAACGUGCAUUUAGAAUGUCGUUUACAACCUGUUGGAGACCCAACUAUGAGAGUAGAAUGGUUCUGUAAUGGCAGGCCCAUAAAGACAGGACACCGAUUCAGACCUGCUUAUGAAUUCGAUUAUGUCGCUCUUGACCUUCUCAGUGUCUACCCGGAGGAUUCUGGUGUCUACACAUGCCAAGCCACUAAUCAGUUGGGUGAAGCGGUUACUUCAUGUGCAUUACGGGUCAUGGCGAAAAAGGAUUUAAUCUUUGAAUCCCAACAUCCUUCCGGAUUGGAAAAGAUACAAUAUCUAGAAGAUGCCUCUCGAUACAAAAAAUCUGAGGUGGUCGAUGAGUCGAUUCAUGUGAAGCCGCGCUUUGUCACUAAACCAAAGUCGGUGGAAAAUGUAAAAGAAAGACAGCAUGUCCACUUUGAAUGUAAAUUAGAACCUGUCACAGACUCAAAUUUAAAAGUAGAAUGGUUCAAGAAUGGCCAACCAGUAACUAUUGGUCACAGAUUUAGACCUAUUCAUGACUUUGGUUAUGUAGCGCUCGAUAUCAUUGAUUGUAUUGCAGAAGAUUCUGGAAUAUACACAUGUCGUGCCGUUAACUUACUAGGAACCGACGAAGUAAGCUGCAAGCUUACUUGCCGUGAAACUGCAGAUAUUAUUCGCGCCACUCAAAAUGAAGCCGGAUUAGAACAAAUACAAGUAUUAGAAGAUAGAUCUCGGUAUCAAAGAAGCGAUUUUGUCGACGAAGUAACGACACAAGCGCCCUUAUUUACAACAUCUUUGAAAAAUAUUGAAAUAAAAGAAGGACAACGUGCCCACUUCGAGUGUAGACUGAUUCCAGUUUCUGAUGCUACCAUGAAGGUAGAAUGGUAUCACAACAGCAAACCUCUAAAGAGUGGAUCUAGAUUUACUGAAACCAAUAAUUUUGGUUUUGUUGCGCUUGACAUCAUGUCUUGCUUACCGGAAGAUUCCGGAGUUUACACUUGUAGGGCAAUUAACGCUCUUGGAGAAGCUGUCACUUCCGCUACAGCUGUCGUACAUUCGAAAAAAUCGAUUUAUUUGGAAUCACAGCACCAAGAAGCAUUGCCGCGGUUGCACCAGCUAGAAGAUACUUCGAGGCACCACAAGCCUAGCGCCCCAGAAGAUGCUGUGUCACAAGCUCCAGUAUUUACUAUGCCUAUGCGAGAUAUUAGAGUAGCCGAAAACCAAGCAGCUCACUUUGAGGCAAGAUUAAUUCCUGUUGGCGACCCAAGACUGAAAGUAGAAUGGCUGCGCAAUGGCGUACCUAUAACAGCCUCAAACCGCAUUACCACAAUGCACGACUUUGGUUAUGUGGCUCUCAACAUGAAGUAUGUAAAUCCGGAAGAUUCAGGCACUUACACUUGCCGUGCUGUAAAUGAGUUAGGGCAGGCGGUGACCUCGUCGACUUUAUUCGUACAAUCUAAAGCAUCCCUACUCUUAGAGUCCCAAAACCAAGCGGCUUUGCAAAAAAUUCGUCAGCUGGAAGACACAUCAAGAUACCAGCGUAAAGAAGAUAUUGAAGUUGCAGUUAACCAAGCCCCUCGUUUUGUAACACAAUUGAAUGGGCCUAGCAAGUUAGUUGAAGGGCAAAGUGCGCACUAUGAAUGCAGAAUUGAGCCUUACCCAGAUCCAACAAUGCGAGUUGAAUGGUACUUUAAUGGGAAGGUUCUUCAAAGUGGCCAUCGUUAUCGUACGGCCUUUGACUUUGGCUUUGCGGCGCUUGAUAUAUUAACUGUGUAUGGAGAAGACUCUGGCGAAUACACGUGUAAAGUUAUAAAUAAUUUAGGACAAGCAACGUCGUCUAUUAACUUAAAUGUGCAAUCUAAGGAAUCAAUCAUCAGAGAUACGCAACACCAAGGUGCCUUAGAGAAGAUUCAGUACCUUGAAGAUGACAGUCGUUACAAGAAGGUGGUUCAUGACGAAGGCUUUAUUGCGGAAAAGCCUCAAUUCGGCAAACCUAUUAAGAACGCUGAAGCGCCCGAAGGUCAACCGAUACAUUUAGAGGCAACUUUAACCCCAGUGAAUGAUCCGACAAUGCGAGUUGAAUGGUAUUGUAAUGGAAGGCCUAUUCAACAAGGUCAUAGAUUCAAAACAACGUAUGACUUUGGAUACGUGGCUUUAGAUGUGUUGUACGCUUACGCAGAAGAUUCUGGAACGUACAUGUGCAAAGCUAGAAAUGCUGUUGGUGAAGCUGUUACGACAAGCUCUGUGAAAGUAGAUGCUAAAGCUGGCCUAUACCUUGAUACAUUGGAUGAGCAACGUCUCAGGAAGAUUCAAGAGCUGGAAAAAUACGAAAGACCUAAACCGAUUGAGGAAGAACAACCAGGUCAAAGGCCUGUCUUCCUGACACCUCUAACAAACCUUGAAAACCUGAAAGAAGGUGAUCACGCUCAUUUCGAAUCGAGAGUAGAACCAAUCAAUGACUCAGAUCUCAAGAUUGAAUGGUUCCUUAAUGGCCAAAAAAUUAAGACUGGCCACAGAUUUAGAACGACUCAUGAUUUCGGUUAUGUUGCGUUAGAUAUUUUGUACACAUAUGCAGAAGAUUCUGGCACUUACAUGUGUAAAGCGACGAACAAACUUGGAGAAGCAGUUAAUACCUGCACGUUAAAGGUUGCAGGGCACAGAAAUAUAAUUUUAGACACUCAACAUCCUAAUGGGCUUGAGAAAAUCAGGCAGCUUGAAGCCCAAGGUCACACAUCAAGAAUGGAAGUAGAAGAACCCAAAGCAUACCCACCCAGAUUCGUGACUGAAUUGAGAGGAACGACACAUGUAUUUGAAGGACAAACUGCUCAUUUCGAGUGUCAAGUUGAACCUGUCCAUGAUCCCAACCUUCGUAUAGAAUUCUACCAUAAUGGUAAAGCUCUGCAAUCUGCGUCACGAUUCCAUAUCACUUUUGACUUUGGUUACGUGUCUUUGGAUAUACAGCAUUGCGUACCAGAAGAUGCUGGUGAAUAUUCAGUUAAAGCAAUAAACGCUCUCGGACAGUGUACUUCCACCAUAUCCAUGACAGUAACCGCAAAAGGAAGCAUUAUUUCGGAAUCUCAACGUCCAGAAGGUUUAGAAAAGAUCCGAGAAUUGGAAUCUGCUGAACCAUUUAAGCGACCGGAAAUCCCAGAACCUGUGACGAGACAAAGGCCAGUGUUUACACAACCUCUUCAGAAUAUUGACAAUAUCCAGGAAGGCCAGACUGCACAUUUGGAUUGUAGGUUGAUACCCGUUGGCGAUCCUACCCUUAAAGUGGAAUGGUUUAGGAACGAGAAACUAAUCGCAGACAGCUCUCGAAUAACUAAAACUCAUGACUUUGGAUUCGUGUCCAUGACAAUUAACCACGUUCGCGAUGAAGAUGAAGGAGUUUAUAUGUGUAGAGCAUCUAAUUUACUUGGAGAAGCUGUGACCACAGCUGCAAUGAAAAUCAAAACUAAAGCCGCUAUCCAAUUGGAAACGCAACAUCCAGAGGGUAUGAAAAAGAUCCAAAAGUUGGAACAACCCCAACCCAAAAAAGGCGAAGAACCUGACAGAGAAUUUGAAAAACCAAUAUUCACACAAGUUCUAACAGGACCUUCAGAAUUGUGGGAAGGCCAACACGCUCAUUAUGAAGCCAGAGUGGUACCCGUUGGUGAUCCAAGUUUACGUUUCGAAUGGUAUAUUAAUGGAGUCGAACUUAAGAUGGGUUCGAGAUUCCGUACUACUCACGAUUUCGGUUUCGUCACAUUGGACAUCAAUUCAGUUGUAUCUAAUGAUGCGGGCUUAUACAUGUGCAAGGCUAUUAACAAGGCCGGCAGUACAGUAUCCUCAACUUCACUUAAAGUAAAGACAAAAUCUACUAUUAUUGACCAGGCCAUGCGACCUGAAUCAUGGGAGAAGAUCCAACUUAAGGAAGCAUCUAUGAACCAAGUCCCAGAGAGAUUUGUAGACUUGGGAGUACAACAAGCACCUAUAUUUACCACACACUUACAAAGCUAUGAUAAGCUCGUUGAAGGACAACAUUUGCAUCUCGAAGCCCAAGUGGAGCCACGUACAGACCCACAUUUGAGAAUUGAAUGGUUCAAAAAUGGAGUUUCUUUAACCACAGGUUCCAGGAUUAAAAGUACUUUUGACUUUGGCUUAGUGACUUUGUCUAUUAAUAGUUUAAGACACGACGAUUCUGGUAUGUAUACCUGUAAAGCCGUGAAUCAAAUGGGAGAAGCUGUUUCUACAGCAUCAAUAAAGAUUGAAGAUCGUCAUUGGUUAAUGGGUGACACUUUACACCCUGAAUCUUUAGACCGUAUUGGCGCUUUAGAACAACCGAAACAAAUUAAACCAGAUUCUCCUGAACCUGUGUAUGAAACUCCUGUUUUUAUUACUCAUUUGAACAAUAUCCUCUGUAAAGAAGGAGACAACAUUCACUUCGAAUGCAAUGUGGAACCAUCGCGCGAUCCGACUCUUAAAGUUGAAUGGUUCUUUAACAACAAGCCUUUGCCAUCGGGUACAAGAUACAAGAGUACACAUGACUUCAGUUACGUGUCGCUUGACAUAAUGCAUACGUACGAGGAGGAUUCAGGAAUAUACACAUGUAAAGCCACAAACAAUAAAGGAUCUGCUACAACUUCAGGCACCUUAAGAUGUACUGGUGAUAAACAAAUCUAUCUUGAUACUCAACAUCCUCAAGGCAAGGCUGGUUUAGAAGCUGUGGAACAAGCAGAAGAAGCUAGAUUAGCCAAAUCAAGAAGAUCAUCUGUACCUGACAGUGAAUAUCCGAAACCAGAAUGGAUUGUGCCGAUUGUGGCUGAAUGUCAACUUGUAGAAAGUCAACCACUUCACUUGGAAGGACAAGUUGAGCCAAAGGAUGACCCGGCCCUGAAGAUAGAGUGGUACUUUAAUGGCAAGGUUCUAGAACAUGGUUCGAGGUUUAAGCUUGCUAGCGAUUUCGGUUUUGUUACUUUAGAUUUGACUGAUGUAUAUGAAAGAGACAGCGGCAUCUAUACUUGUAAAGCAUACAACAAGAGAGGUGAAGCUUUCACUUCUUCGACUAUUUACUGCAGUAGCAAGGAUAACCUCAUUGAACGUACUCAACAUCCCAAAGGAAAAGAAGGUUUAGAGAAGAUUCAAAACCUUGAAGACUCUCUCCGAAAGGAGCCCUCGCAGAAGCCUGAUGACGAUACAGGUCGACCACCUGAAUUCACUACGGUAUUCCAAGAUAUCUUUGAUAUUAGUGAAGGACAGAUUGCCCACUAUGAAGCAUCUCUCAUACCGACCGGUGAUCAAACCAUGGUCAUUGAGUGGUUCUAUAACGGAAAGACAAUUGAAGCUAGUCACCGUAUUCGCACCGUAUAUGCCUUUGGUAUGGUUGUUCUAGAAAUCCUUGGUACAAAGACCACUGAUUCUGGUAUUUAUUCAUGCCGUGCCACCAACAAGUGGGGUCAAGCUGAAAUAAGCGUCAAACUCGAAUGUGUUGACAAAAGUAAAGGGCAAAAACCACGAUUUACGACCCAUAUACAAAAUAUUGAAGGUCUUAAAGAUGGUCAAUCAGCUCACUUUGAAUGCACAGUUGUGCCGGUAGAUGAUCCUGAUAUGAAGAUUGAAUGGUAUCAUAACGGACAACCUUUACGACACUCUAACAGAAUCAAAACUAUUUCUGACUUCGGUUUUGUAGUAAUGGAUAUAGCAUACACCCAAAACCACGACACAGGAGAAUAUGUUUGUCGGGCAUAUAACAAAUACGGUGAAGAUUUCACUAAAGCGACGAUAAAUUGUUAUGGAAGAAGUGGAGUUUACUCAGACAGUUUACAGCCAGAUUCAUUAGCUAAAAUACGAGAGUUAGAAAGUUUGCAAGGUUUACAACAUCAAGCACCAGCACCGGCUUCUGCAGUACCUCCUAAAUUCACAACUCAAAUAGAAGAUGUCACGAAAUUAGUGGAGGGACAAAGUGCUCACUUUGAAGCGAGACUGAUACCAGUGGAUGACCCCGAUCUGAAAGUAGAGUGGUACUAUAACGGAAAGAAAUUACCACAUGGACACCGAUACAGGACUUUCCAUGACUUCGGUAUUGUCAUAUUGGAUAUACUUUAUUGUUAUGAAGAAAACUCUGGUGAAUACGAAUGCGUUGCGACCAACAAAUUGGGCCGCGACUCAACAAAGGCUACAUUGAAGUGCACGUCGAAAGAAAAUUUGAUCUUGGACUCGCAACUGCCGCGGGGCAUGGAGGGUGGAUUAGAAAAGUUACAGACGCUAGAAGAUUCAAUGAUACGAAGAAAGGAUAUCGAGGUUACAGAAACGAAGGGCAAGGCGCCAGUCUUUACUGUUCCAUUAUCUAACAUCGAGAACCUAAGAGAAGGCGAAAACGCUCACUUUGAAGCUCGUCUUACACCAACUGAUGACCCCAAACUAAAGAUUGAAUGGUACUGGAAUGGCAAGUCCUUGAAAGCUGGUUCGAGGUUUAGAACUUUCUGCGACUUUGGAUUUGUUAUUCUUGAAAUAUCACCUACAUAUCCAGAAGACUCUGGAGAAUAUAUGUGCAGAGCCUACAAUAAUUACGGCGAAGCUGUCACCACUGCCACAAUGAAAGUACAAGGCAAGAGGAAUAUUAUAUUGGAAUCCCAACUCCCUAAAGGCAUGGAGGGUACUAUUGAUAAGAUUGCUGCUUUGGAAGGUUACGCCGGGACUGCUGAUAACUUAAGCCCCGAAGUUGAAAGUGGUAACCCACCCGAAUUCGUUACAACGCCAUCUGAUGUUAUUUUGAAUGAGAAUUCUUCGGCUCAUUUCGAGUGCCGCCUUAUUCCCGUCAAUGAUUCCAGUAUGAGAGUGGAAUGGUUCCACAACGGUAAACCACUUCUCACUGGAUCCAGAGUAAAGACUAUCAACGAUUUCGGCUUUGUGAUCUUGGAAAUUGGUGGUGUGUACCAACGUGAUGCAGGUCUAUAUACUUGCAAAGCUACGAACCGUCACGGUGAGGCAACAGUUUCUUGUAAACUACAAGUUAAAGGUAGACAAGGUAUUAUAUUAGAACCUCAACUGCCGUCGCACUUCAAAUCGGGUACAGAAAGUAUCCAAAAACUGGAAGAAACACUUCACAAACGAGAGGAAAUUCCAAUUGAAGAUGAGAAACCAAACCCACCGAAGUUUAUCGUGGAAAUUAAGGACAACCUCGAUGUAGCCGAAGGUGGACCAAUUCACUUUGACUGUCGCGUAGAACCAGUUGGCGACCCUACAAUGAGAAUCGAUUGGUUCCACAAUGGCAGGCCUUUUGCAACAGGUUCUCGUGUCCACAUGCUCAAUGAUUUUGGAUUUAUUGCUUUAGACAUUGAUUACAUCUACGCUAGAGAUUCAGGAGAAUAUACAUGUCGUGCAACUAAUAAAUGGGGUUCAGCCACCACUACCGCUAAAAUCACAUGCAGCACCAAGCGAGAUAUCAUUUUCGAAUCUCAGUUACCGCAAGGAAUGAGUGGAGAGAAGAUUAAGGAACUCGAAAAAGGUCGCAUUAGUGAUGGACCCAAAGAAGAACCUGUUAUCAAUAGUCCACCAAAAUUCGUGACCCAGAUAAAAUCACACACAAUCGAAGAAUCUGAGUCAAUACGGUUCGAAUGCCGCGUAGAACCCAAAGAGGACCCUAGGCUACGUAUCGAGUGGUACAGGAACGGUAAACUACUGCCAUCUGGACACCGUUUCCGCACAGUGUAUGACAUGGGCUUUGUCUCAUUGGAUAUUCUAUAUGUAUACUCCGAAGAUUCUGGAGAAUAUGUUUGCCGCGCUGUUAACGAUUUCGGAGAAGAUUUCACUAAGGCAACAGUGUCUUGCAAACGCUUACCUGAUAUCAUUCUACAAAAUCAAGUUCCCAGAGGCAUGAAGAAGACCGAAGCCUUAACUCAAAUGGAGGCUACUAUUAAAAAAUACACCUCAGAAGUGUUCUUAACUGAAGAAGAUCUAUAUGACGUUGAUAAAAAGCAACCACCUCGGUUUGUCACUCAAAUCCAAAGUCAAACAAAUCUAGUAGAAAUGGAAAUGACUAAAUUCGAAUGUCAGCUGGCGCCAGUAGGAGAUCCUAAUAUGAAAGUAGAAUGGUUCUUCAAUGGCAAACCGUUGCUACACAAAAACCGUUUCACGCCGAUCUAUGACUUCGGCUACGUCGCCAUGAAUUUCGGCUGGGUGUACCCAGAGGACAGUGGCGAGUAUCUAUGCCGUGCAACUAAUUUGUACGGAAUGGACGAGACUAGAGCAGUUAUCAAGACCGCAGGAAAGCCCGGCAUCGUUUAUGACUCACAGUUACCGAAACACAUGAAGAGUAUCGAGAAGAUACGGGAAAUGGAAGCAUCAUGGCAGGCAGUCCCAGAAAAACCUGGUGAUGAGGUGAAGGAAAGAACAGCGCCAGUAUUCGUCAGCAAACCCGAACCAGUGACGGUAGAGGAAGGAGAAUGGGCCAGAUUCUGCUGCCGCGUCACCGGACAUCCGAAACCACGUGUUAUGUGGCUUAUAAACGGCAACACUAUUGUUAACGGCUCUAGAUAUAAACUGACAUAUGAUGGCAUGUACCACUUCGAUAUACCAAAAACAAGGCAAUACGAUACGGGUAAAAUUGAAGUAAUUGCCAGGAGCUCCGUAGGCGAGGCUCUUGCUACGACCGAACUUAAAAUAAUCCCACGACACGAUGACUACAGAAGCGUAUUGAAGAAUGCGCCAAGACCUUGGUACGACGAAACUACGCAAUAUCAACGAUCUGACACUGAAUUAGAGAAAACCUUCGAGGAGAGACAAACCUUGCAGCGGAAGGGCGUCAUAGACCAUCGACCAGAACUCAAGCAAAAAAUUGUUAAAGAACCAGACACGGAGUGGCAGCAAACAGUAAAGAAGAAGAAGAGUGAGGAGUAUUACAACAAAUUGCAGGAAUUGGAACAUGAACAAAUUGUUAAGGAAAGUCGAAUGCGAGAAUCUACCCAUCAAUACGCUGUGUCUGGGGACAAAGUUGCCAGCGCCUCAGUUGCAAGAAGCAUGGCACAGAAAUACGAAGAUAACUUGGAACAAACAGAAGAGUUCGUGGAAAAAGAAGUAACUAAAAAGGUUCAGAAACCUAGAAUACCUGAUCCACUAGAAUCAACUGUUCACGGUAAAGAAGUGCAUGUUGCCAAACAGAAACAAAUACAAAAAGAAGUUGUGGGAGACACAGAAAUAACUCGUAAGAUUACAUCGACAGAAACUACUGAAGUUGAACAUAAAGCUCAAACUCAGGAGAGAAUAGUUGAAGGACCUGUGAAACCUUCCAAUCCACCCGUAUUUACGAAGAAAAUGCAACCAUGCCGUGUUUUUGAACAUGAACAAGCAAGAUUCGAAGUCGAGUUUGACGGUGAUCCAUUGCCAACAAUUAAAUGGUACCGAGAGAACUUCCCAAUAAAGAACUCAGCGGAUUUCCAAAUUCACACAUUCAGUACAAAAUCUAUUCUUAUUAUUAGACAAGUGUUCAUUGAAGAUUCAGCGGUAUUUGCUGCAGUAGCCGAAAACCGAGGUGGAACUGCUAAAUGCAGCGCUAACUUGGUUGUAGAGGAACGUCGACGACAGGGCAGGGGAGGAGUUAUUCCUCCAAGUUUCACAUUGACUGCCCAAAAUGUCAACGUCACAGCUGGACAACUUGUAAGAUUUGACGCUAAAGUCACUGGUACAAAACCGAUCGAUGUGUACUGGUUGAAAAAUGGCAAGAAAGUACAACCAGAUAUCAGAAACAAGAUCUUAGAAGAAGAUGGAACUUACACACUUCUUAUCCUCGAAGCCUUCCCUCAAGACUCUGGCAAAUACGAGUGUGUUGCAAUAAAUAGUUCCGGAGAGGCUAGAUGCGAUGCCGAAUGUGUUGUUAAUACACCAGCUACUAAAGAGAAGCCCAAGCCACAAACUAAGGCUGCGAAUGCUCCACCAGAGAUCAUUGAACCGAUGAAAGACCGCGUCGUCACCGAAGGUCAAGCUAUUGAAUUCAGCUGUAAGAUUGUCGGCAAACCGAUACCAACAGUACAAUGGUAUAAAGAAGACAGGUUGAUUAAACCAUCAAAGUACUUCCAAAUGUCACGUACUGCUGACGACUACACACUACGCAUAUCGGAAGCUUUCCCCGAAGACGAGGGUGAUUAUAAAUGCGUUGCCUACAAUUCAGCUGGAAGAGUUACAGUGGCUGCUAAACUGAAAGUGACGCAGCCGGAUCAAACUGACAAUUUACCAACAUUGACACCGUUGCGUGACGUAAUCGUAUAUGAGGGUCAACCUGCACAAUUCAAAACUCAAAUUACCAGCAAGGUCAAACCUACCAUCCAAUGGCUACGGGAAGGUGCACUCAUACCUGAAACACCUGACUUCCAGAUGAUCCACGAAGGAAACAACGCAGUACUGCUAAUCGGUAGUACCUACGAAGAGGACACCGGCAUAUUCACUUGCCGCGCCACAACCGUCGCCGGCCAAGUGGAGUCAUCUGCUAAACUAGUCGUCAAAAAAUCGAGCAAGUCUAAUACAACGACCGCAUACCAAAAUGGCGUCGAAGCCCAGAAAGAAACUAUACAAGAUACAGAAACAUCAUUAAAUCGUGUGUUGCACUUUACCUCUGAAGAUACUAAUAUUUUGAAAAUGACAAAUGUUCAAGACAUUCAUUCAACAAAAAGAGCAAGUGUACCAUGGCGCACAAAAGAAAAUAGUUUAGAUGUAAAACACUGGAGAAAAUUAAGACCAGAAGAAAGGGCUACAAAGAGUACAACUUCACUGGAGGAUUCAAAUAUUAUUCAUCUUGAUCGCGAUGUCUCUACCUCUGAAAGUAAAAAUUUGCAUAAACAAAGAAUUGAAAGGAAACAUGAAAAAGACUCUAAAGAAGAACCCAUACCUUGGAUAAAAGAAGCAAUACAAUUAAAACCUACAAAGGUUGAAAAGAUCCCAAAUCGUAAAGAAAAAUUGGAGGAAGUAACUUUAAAACCGUUGAAUAAAACAUUUAACCAAGUAGAAACAUUGUUAAUUGAUGAAAGUAUGACGUCUGAAGAAGAAACAGUAGUUUUAAAAAUAGCAAAUGAAAUAUCAAUUACUGAUAGGCAGAAGGACGAACAAGAUCUACAAAUAGAAGAUUUAAAACCAGGUUCGAUACAAAAAGUAUUAAAAACAGAUAAGGAGGAAGAAAAGCCGCAAAAGGUAUCAUGGAGGACAGGAAAACGGAAACCGAAAGAAGAACAACCAGUAGAAGAGGUAGUCCUUAAACCGGUUCCAAAACCAAAGCCUACUGAGAAAGAAGAAAAACCGGUGGAAGUACAGCUAAAACCAUUCAAGAAGGAAAAGCCUAUUGACGAAGACAAACCGGAAGAGGUGUCAUGGAGUACAGGUAAAAGGAAACCAAAGGAAGAACAACCAGUGGAAGAAGUGGUUCUUAAACCAGUUCCAAGACAAAAACAGCCUGACGAAGAUAAAACUGAAGAAGUACAGCUGAAACCAGUAAAGAAAAUAAAGCCUAUUGAGGAAGACAAACCAAAAGAGGUCUCAUGGAGGACAGGUAAAAGGAAACCAAAGGAAGACCAACCAGUGGAAGAAGUGGUCCUUAAACCUGUUCCAAGACAAAAACAGCCUGACGAAGAUAAACCUGAAGAAGUACAACUGAAACCAGUGAAGAAAGAAAAGCCUAUUGAGGAAGACAAACCGGAAGAGGUGUCAUGGAGGACAGGUAAAAGAAAACCGAAAGAGGAACAACCAGUGGAAGAGGUGGUCCUUAAACCGGUUACAAAACAAAAGCCUACUGAGAAGGAAGAAAUACCUGGGGAGGUACAGCUAGAACCAGUAUUGAAAGAAAAGCCUAUUUAUGAAGACAAACCAGAGGAGGUGUCAUGGAGGACAGGUAAAAGGAAACCAAAGGAAGAACAACCAGUGGAAGAGGUGGUCCUUAAACCGGUUCCAAAACAAAAGCCUACUGAGAAGGAAGAAAAACCUGAGGAGGUACAGCUAAAACCAGUAAAGAAAGAAAAGCCUAUUGAGGAAGACAAACCGGAAGAGGUGUCAUGGAGGACAGGUAAAAGGAAACCAAAGGAAGAACAACCAGUGGAAGAAGUGGUCCUUAAACCUGUUCCAAGACAAAAACAGCCUGACGAAGAUAAACCUGAAGAAGUACAGCUGAAACCAGUGAAGAAAGAAAAGCCUAUCAAGGAAGACAAACCGGAGGAGGUUUCGCUGAAAACAGGAAAAAGAAAACCGAUAGAAGAACAACUAGUGGAAGAGGUGAUCCUUAAACCGGUUCCAAAACAAAAGCCUACUGAGAAGGAAGAAAAACCUGAGGAGGUACAGUUAAAAUCAGUAAAGAAAGAAAAGCCUAUUGAGGAUGACAAACCGGAAGAGGUGUCAUGGAGGACAGGUAAAAGGAAACCAAAGGAAGAACAACCAGUGGAAGAAGUGGUCCUUAAACCGGUUCCAAAACAAAAGCCUACUGAGAAGGAAGAAAAACCUGAGGAGGUACAGCUAAAACCAGUAAAGAAAGAAAAGCCUAUUGAGGAAGACAAACCGGAAGAGGUGUCAUGGAGGACAGGUAAAAGGAAACCAAAGGAAGAACAACCAGUGGAAGAAGUGGUUCUUAAACCAGUUCCAAGACAAAAACAUCCUGACGAAGAUAAACCUGAAGAAGUACAGCUGAAACCAGUGAAGAAAGAAAAGCAAAUCGAGGAAGACAAACCAGAGGAGGUGUCCCUGAAAACAGGAAAAAGAAAACCGAAAGAAGAACAACCAGUGGAAGAGGUGGUCCUUAAACCGGUUCCAAAACAAAAGCCUACUGAGAAGGAAGAAAAACCUGAGGAGGUACAGCUAAAACCAGUAAAGAAAGAAAAGCCUAUUGAGGAAGACAAACCAGAAGAGGUGUCAUGGAGGACAGGUAAAAGGAAACCAAAGGAAGAACAACCAGUGGAAGAAGUGGUUCUUAAACCAGUUCCAAGACAAAAACACCCUGACGAAGAUAAACCUGAAGAAGUACAGCUGAAACCAGUGAAGAAAGAAAAGCCUAUCAAGGAAGACAAACCGGAGGAGAUUUCGCUGAAAACAGGAAAAAGAAAACCGAAAGAAGAACAACCAGUGGAAGAGGUCGUCCUUAAACCGGUUCCAAAACAAAAGCCUUCUGAGAAGGAAGAAAAACCUGAGGAGGUACAGCUAAAACCAGUAAAGAAAGAAAAGCCUAUUGAGGAUGACAAACCGGAAGAGGUGUCAUGGAGGACAGGUAAAAGGAAACCAAAGGAAGAACAACCAGUGGAAGAAGUGGUCCUUAAACCGGUUCCAAAACAAAAGCCUACUGAGAAGGAAGAAAAACCUGAGGAGGUACAGCUAAAACCAGUAAAGAAAGAAAAGCCUAUUGAGGAAGACAAACCAGAGGAGGUGUCCCUGAAAACAGAAAAAAGAAAACCGAAAGAAGAACAACCACUGGAAGAGGUGGUCCUUAAACCGGUUCCAAAACAAAAGCCUACUGAGAAAGAAGAAAAACCUGAGGAGGUACAGCUAAAACCAGUAAAGAAAGAAAAGCCUAUUGAGGAAGACAAACUGGAAGAGGUGUCAUGGAGGACAGGUAAAAGGAAAUCAAAGGAAGAACAACCAGUGGAAGAAGUGGUCCUUAAACCAGUUCCAAGACAAAAACAUCCUGACGAAGAUAAACCUGAAGAAGUACAGCUGAAACCAACGAAGAAAGAAAAGCCUAUCGAGGAAGACAAACCGGAGGAGGUUUCGCUGAAAACAGGAAAAAGAAAACCGAAAGAAGAACAACCACUGGAAGAGGUGGUCCUUAAACCGGUUCCAAAACAAAAGCCUACUGAGAAGGACGAAAACCCUGAGGAGAUACAGCUACAACCAGUAAAGAAAGAAAAGCCUAUUGAGGAAGACAAACCAGAAAAGGUGUCAUGCAGGACAGGUAAAAGGAAACCAAAGGAAGAACAACCAGUGGAAGAAGUGGUCCUUAAACCAGUUUCAAAACAAAAGCCUACUGAAAAAGAAGUAAAACCUGAGGAGGUACAGCUAAAACCAGUAAAGAAAGAAAAGCCUAUUGAGGAAGACAAACCGGAAGAGGUGUCAUGGAGGACAGGUAAAAGGAAACCAAAGGAAGAACAACCAGUGGAAGAAGUGGUCCUUAAACCAAUUCCAAGACAAAAACAGCCUGACGAAGAUAAACCUGAAGAAGAACACCUGAAACCAUUGAAGAAAGAAAAGCCUAUCGAUGAAGAAGAUAAACCUGAGAAAUCAGACCAAAAACCAGUUAAAAAAGAAAAGACUGAAGAAGUGACGCUAAAGAAAGUGAUAAAAAAAGAAAAAUCUGUCGAAACCAUGGCCCUUAAAACAAUUUCCAAAGAAGAUAUUCUUGAAGAAACUGGGCCCAUAAUAAUUCAACCUAUUAAAGCUGCUAUUGUCAAAGAAAAUGAUACUUUUGAGUUCAUCGUCAUGUUUAAACCGAAUAUCGUUAAUAAAAUCUCAUGGUCAUUUAAUAAUAAGACAAUCAAAAAUGAUGAGGAAUUUAAAAUUUUAACUGAACCUGGAAAAUCAAUUUUGAUUGUGCAAACUGCAAACAAAACGAAGAUUGGUAAAUACGAAGUCCUUAUAGAAAAUAAGGAUAUGGUGGUUAAAAGUGCGUCUACUCUUAAGUUGAAGAAAAUUUCCGAUACUGAAAAUAUUACACCACCUGUAUUUACAAGACCUCUACAACCCAAACAUGUUGCAUUGGGUGAAAUAAUUCUCUUAGAAACUGAAGUAAUUUCAAAUCCUUGCGCAUCUUUUCAAUGGUUUUUGGGGAAUAAAGAAGUCAUUAGUUACGUUAAAGAAAGUAAAAUUAAAAACAUGUAUAUUACUAGCAAUGACAAUAUCUCUUGUCUUUGCAUUGAAGAUUCUACAAGAGAUGUACCUGAUAUUAUUACAUGUAGAGCUGAAAAUUUUGCUGGAUCUGUUUCUUGUUCAGCACAAGUAAACGUUGUGGAUGAAAAUGUUAAUGCUUCUGGAGUCGGACCUAAAUUUUUAACAAAUUUGAGCCCAACAACAGUGAUGGACGGUGAACCAAUUUUAUUAAAAUGUUUAGUAAUUGGACAACCCUGGCCCAAAAUUGACUGGUAUCACAACGGGAAGCUUCUUGAAGUUGCGAGAGACGUCACUAUUGGUAGACAAGAAUCAGGGUUAUGCCAAUUAUUUAUUAAGGAAGCAUUUCCAGAAAUGACCGGAAAUUAUGAAUGUGUAGCAACCAAUAAAUUUGGACAGUGUAUUAGUAACUGUAUAGUGAAUGUAGAAGCAUAUGAAUAUGUACCAAGUGCAUCUGAAGAAGAUAUAUUAAGUGAUGAGAAAACCAGCGACCUUGAAGAAUUUGCUCCUAAAAUUGUGAAAGCACUUCCCGCGGUCGUCAAAACCAAUGAAGGAGAAUUAACUAGGCUUGAAGCUAAGGCUAUUGGAAUACCAAAGCCUCAAAUAAGGUGGUUAAAGCAAGGUGUAGAAAUAAAAGAAUCACAAGAAUAUCAAAUCGAAGAAAUGGACGAUGGCACUUCUAUUCUUAUAAUACCGGAAGUUUAUCCAGACGAUAUGGGCGAAAUCACAUUUGAGGCAUACAAUCCACUUGGUGUAUCUUCGACAGUAGCUGCGUUAUCUGUUGAAAGUCUUGUUGGAACUAAAGCAUAUAGAAAGCCUGAAUGGGUUUCUCAUAUGGAAGAAUUACAAGAGGCUUUAAAAGCAACACAGGCGGUCCCGUAUUUCGUGCGAAACUUAAUAUCAGAAAGGGUUCUAGAUGGAGAAACGGUAACUUUUGAGGCCGUUUACAGUGGAAACCCAAAACCCGAAAUCAUUUGGUACAAAGACAACAAAGUCAUUAAAAGUAACAACUAUUUCCAAAUUGAAACUAAGGAUAAUAUAACUGUUUGUAAAAUUAAAAAAGCAUCCAAGAAGUUACAAGGCUGCUAUGAGUGUAAAGCUAUCAGUGAUAUUGGGAUGGCAAUAACAAAAGCUGAAUUACAAAUAUUUGAAGCAGAAGAAACGUUCGAGAAGGUUGAAAAGAAAAGAGUGAAAUCUUUGAAACAAGACGUUGUUGACGAAAAAACUGCUUUAACGUCUUCAGAAGAUGCUUCAAUAGAGAUAGUAGAAACUACGUUAGACGUAUUAGGAACAGCGCAACCUCUCAUAAAAGCUUCCGAAAAACGAAAACCGAACGUUUUGGUUAAUGAAAUGACCUCUGUAGAAACCGUAGCCAUGGCUUCUUUUAAGAAAACUGAUAAAAAAUAUACAAUGUCAACCGCAGAGUUGGAGAAUAUUGAACCGUUUAUCACACCCAACCAGUAUUUGGUCUCUUCGCAGCAAGAAACCAAUGAAAUGGUUCAAACUUUUGAAAAAAUAACACAUGAAUUACAAAAAGGUAUUGCUAGAAGGGAUUCCGAUUCACGGAUGGUUGCGGAGGUAAAUGAAUUAUUAGAAGUAAUAAAUGCUAAAGAAUUUGGUCCAGGGGAAUCUCCUUUACGAGAAUUAGCGACAAUUGGGUACCUUCUUAGAAAUGGUGUCACCGUGGAAGAAAUAGAAAAUCUGUAUGAUUCUGAACACUUUCCGUCUUUGCGGAUUCCGCAGUCACAAUCUGCGCUAGUACAGUUGGUAGAGAGGCAAGGCCAUGGUGCCCUUAUAACAGAAGUAUUAACUGAAGAAACUGCUCAAACGGAAGAUAUUAUUGGAGCGAAGGUUGGCUUUAAAGCUUUUAUGAAAUUGGUGGAAAUGAAACAUACAUCAGUUGAAGAGGUAAUAGCACACCUUUACCCCGAAGAUUUUACUCCUCGUGCCUGGGAAGAAAAAGGAGCGCGCGAGAUCGUUGUUGAGUCUACACCUAAGGACGUAGCCCAAGUACAUUCAACUACAAUACACAAAGAUGAAAUCAAACAAGUAAAACGCAAAAAACAUACUAGACAGACUGAAAUAUCUGUUGAAGAGUCUACUGGAAAAACAAAAAAAUCAAUGAGUAAAAAGUUUUCCCGAGAAGACACCGGUGACUUAGAAGAAGAAACAGUACACAGUAUGGAUACUGAACUUUUUAAGUCCAUUAAAACUGUACCCAUUGAUUUAUCUGAUAGUAGAAUUGAAGUAGUUUCAUCCAGCCAAGCAUUGAACAUAGUCCCAGAACAAACAAAACAGAUACAAAAAGCUACUAUUAAGUUUGAUACAAACCAAUCGCUUAUAAGUGGUAUGCAACAUUCACAAGAACGUGAAGGACCAUUGCAAAUUGUUGAAAAAUUAGAAAUUUAUAUUAAAUCAUCUGUUAUUGAAGCUGAACCAUUACAAAUCAGUGAAACCAAUAUGCAAGACGCAGUUGGGGUAUGUAUCACUAAUAGUGAUAAUAAAGAAAGUAUUAAAAAUACUAUAAUAGUACAAUCAGAAAGUUUAGAAAUGGCAGAAGUUAUUCCAAAUAUAUCACUUGGUGAAAUUGACAAACAUAAACAAAAUGAAGAGAAAGCCAAAACUUCUCUUAUUUUAAAAGAUGCUAUAAAGGUUUCCGAGCAAUACGUUCCUGUAAAAGAAGACGUGUUAGACGAACCUCAAAUAAAACAUACAGUUGCGGCGGUUACCGUUUCACCAUUGACAGGAAUAAAUAUAGAAGAAACCAUGUCGGAAUAUAAAGAACAUGAUUUUAUUUCUAAAGUUUCUGAUAAGGAAAUAACUCCUACACCUAAUUUUAAAUUGUUGAAAUCUAUUGAAGUAGGUGAAGUAUUUGUAGAAGAUAAAUCUGGAAAGUACUAUCCUGAACUGAUUGUACCUACCGAAAUGGCUAACGAAGAUGUUAUUGUUUCUAAUGAAAUCUCUACAAUAAUACUGAAUCUUCAGGAAAAAGAAGGUUUAUUCGAUUCUCCCAAAGUUCCAGGUACCCAAGAAGCUAGAAUUAAUAUGGUAUAUAAAGAUAGCAUAGAAGUUGCGGCAAAUAUAUUACAUGAAAAAGAAGGGAUAGUUCCAAAGAAUGAAUGGCAUUCAAAAGCUCAGGUAGAUAGAGAUUUCCAGACCCAUCAAAGUCUAUGUAACUUUAUGCCGGAAACUCACAUCAAAGAAGCUGUACUUAGUCAAGACGAAUGUACGAAAAAGAAAGCAAAUAUAAGUUUUAAUGAACAUCAGCAUACAUUUAACUUUGAGGCACAAAUACAUGAAACGGAACAUAAUUUAAAACAAGACAGUGCUGUUGAUAAGGAGUAUGCGCAUAUUCAGGUAGGCACAUUAGAUAAAAAUCUAACUGAAGAAAUUCAAAUUCAUGAACGAGAAAACAAACUACAUUUAAGGGAUGAAAAAACAUCGGUUACAGCAAAUAUUGAUAUGAAUUUAGCUGAACCAAUUAUUAUGUCUGAAACAAUUGAAAUAACCUCAAUGAAAGAUCUUGUUCCUUCAGAAAAUAAAAUUAAUGAAAGUGCAAUUGAAACGUUGAUAACGCAAAAAGAAAAAACAAUUUCUUCUACUUUCAUUCAUGACCAAGGAGUUGAAGAGAUGUAUGCUUAUACAAAACCUGAAAAUGCGGGUGUAUCCUUGUCUCCCAAUACUUCUUUAUCCAUAAGUGAAACGGAAAUUGCUGAUUCAGCUGGAAAAUUGCACAUUAAAAGAAGCCCCGAUUUUUUACAUGCAAAUCCAACACUGACUCAUAAUUUGAAAUCGCCAGUAUCUGAGAUAGUCACUACAGUCAAUCAAGUUAAAAGCCUUGAUUAUUUACAAGAAAAGCAAGAUACUGCAGAAAAAAGUAGAGAUGUAUACAAUGAGCUACAUAUUUCACAGGCUGUAGUAGAAGAGCAAACACAAGACUUUGAUGCUAUUAAAAUUCCUAACACUGAAGCUAAAAGUAGUUUAACUGAAAACGAAGGGAUAUUAAUAAGUGAAACAGUAGCAAAUUCGGAAUUCGAACCCUUUAAAGUUGAUACAGUUUCAAAUAAAAAUGCAGUUGUAACACUAGAUGUCAAUCAAAAAGUGCCAAUUACUUCUGAAGUAAGUGCGCGAGAUAUUUUAGAUACCUUGACUAUAAUAAAACCACAAACAGAAGAUGUAAAUAUAAAAUCUAAUAACUUAAAAUCCCUAACGAUAUCUGAAAAUGCACCUUUAGAUAGUCAAGGCAUUUUAGAGGAAUAUUUAAAACCAGAUCAAAAGUCUAUUAUAGCGGACGUAAUUUUAAUAAAUGAUACUAUUCAAGUAGUUGAAACUAUAGGAGGUGAGAAAGAAGACGAAUAUAAAAUUGGUGAUUCCCCUAAAACUUGCAUGGCUUCGACAGAUAUACUUAGUCAUCCCGUGGCAAUUUCUUUAGAGCAUGAAAUAACAGAUUCUACUGCAACUUUCACGAGUGAAGAGACUUCGCAUCCUUCAUAUAGAAACGCUUCACUUUAUAAUAUAUUACAGACGGAAUUAUCUGUUACUGCCACUGUUUGUAAUGAAAAAGAAAGUGACCUUAUUAGUAAAACGCUUAAUUUAACUAAAGCUAUACCAAAUUUGCCAGAAAAUGAAGCUAUUCUUAUCGAGGAAAGUAAUUCUGAAGUUGUACCUGAAUCUUUUAAUAUACAGAAAACACUUACUGUCAAAGCAAAUCCCGAUUCUGUAAUAAACGAGGCGUUAACACAACAAGAAAUUUUAGUAAAUAUACUGGAAGGGUCAUUUUGUAACGAACUUAGUAAAACGGUGAAACCUAUUGUAAGUAUUAAUGCUUUUAAAGUGCCAGCAUAUGACCAAAAUAUAGUUAUAGAAAAUGAAAAUGUACUUUUGAAACCACAUAUCCCUGAUGAACAUAAGGCAGCUGUAUUGAUUAAUCAGCAUCAUGAGGUUGUUACUUCUGAAAUACUAUCACAAACGGACAAUUUAAAAGAUUCUGAUGAUUUUCAUAUUCCUAAAACAAAAGCUGUCGAGAAAGUAGAUAUAUAUGGAAAGAUAGCUAAAACUGAAGAAAUUAUGAUAAGUCAAACACCUGAAGAGUUCUCAAAAAGUAAAUUUGUAUUACAACGCCCUACUUUAACCUCUGUGUCUGCAUAUUCUUUACAAAACACACAAACGAUAGCGGCUGAUAGUGAGGUAUCUAUUACAAAUGAAAAAUUAGUUGAAAGUGUUGCAACCUCACAUAUUACUCAGAUUGAAGCUUUGAUAACAAGUUCUGCAAAUAUAAUCGAAGAAGAAGUUAAAUUCGAAGGUAAACCACCUGAACUUCUUAGUCAAGAAGCGAAUGUUGGUUUUGUUCCUUUAUGUGGAACUGUUAAUACUGAAGUAGUGUCUUCAGACAUGAUGGACAAGUUAACCGAAAAACUGCCAAUUUCAAGUAUAGCUUCCCUAAAACAAGACGAACAUUGUCAAUAUUUACAAGGUUUGGAAGUUUUUCCAGUCCUCAAAGAAGAAGAACUUGUACUUAAUAAAAAUAUUGUUCCACAAGAUAUUAAAACAAGUCUUGUAGAGUCUGCUGCAAAAGAAAUUACUGAGGUAAAAACAAAUGAAAAAGAAAGUAUAAUAUCAAGUAACGAAAACACUGACGUAUUCAAAAAGAAAGCAAUUAUAUCUGUGAAACCCCAACAAUCUUUAAUUAAUGAAGAAGUAAUUACCCAAGAUAACAGUAAAGACCUAUGUGUUCCAGAAAAAACAAAAGAAUGUGCUGUGUCUACACAAGACUUGCAACAAGCUGUAGAAAAAUUGGAACCCUUUAUCAUAGAAUCAGAAAAUAUAUACCAAUCGGUUGAAACUAGUGCUAAAAAAACAAAGCCAGAAAUUGAGGAGCAAAAGUCACUAAACGUAACUGAAGCUAUCUCGACAGAGUCAAGUUCUAUUCUCAAGAAUAUUGAAUUGCCACGGCAGGAAACUUGCCAACUGCAUGAAUUAGUUGUCAAUACCGAAUUAAAAAUCAAUGAAACAAUGCAUAAUGAACGGGAAGAGGUUUUAUUUACUAAUGAAAAUUUAAAAACAAACGUCGCUAGUAUUGAUAUUCAGCCACAUCAGAGCCUAAGAGUAAAUCAGCAAAUUGUAGCAGAAAAAGAAGAUUCACUAAGUUUGAAUCAAUUGCCAGGAACCAUAGUAAAUACUAUUACUGUAAGACCACAUAAACAUCUAAAUAUAGACAUAUGUGAUAUAUCAGAGUCAGAAAAAAACAUUCCUAAAAUAGAGCCUGCUAAAGAAAUUCAAAGUGAUGUUAUUAUAGAAACUUUUAAACCAAUAACAGUUUCUAACAUUGACACCCAAGAACAACAUGAAUAUUUCAAAGUUACUGAUUCUUCUAAGUUAAAAAAUGCUGACAUUAAAUUAGAUGUUGAUGAACACCUUAAUGUUACUGAAAUUGUUCCUACUGAGCAAGAAUCUUUUCUCAGAGAAAAAAUAUUGGAAAGGGGCAAUCAAUUGUCUUUAAACAUAGAAAUGUCAAAGCAUGUAAUAGUAUCUGAAACAAAGACGAUAGAAGCUGAAGAUAAUGAUCUAAAUAUUAUACAUCAACCUCAGCAAACGGUGACGUCUACUUACGAAACAUCGUCUCCAAUUGAGGUUCAAGAAGUUGAAGUUAAACAAUCAGAACAAAGUAUGAAUGCGUCAAAUAUAAGACACUUGGUUAAACCUAAUUUAAUAUUGGAUUGUCAACAACAUGUAAUAGUAAGUGAUGUAUGUGCCAAGGAGAAGGAACAAAUUUUGAAAAUUGAAACGAUGCCAAGUAAUGAAAAUCAAUCAGUAGAUUUUGUUACGUCUUCUUACCUUACCAGCACACAAAAUAUUCCUCUAGAGGUUUCUUCCAAAAUUAUUUCCAAGGACUUUAAUAAUAUUGAACAUGCUAAUUUAACGCACUCCUUUUCUCAAAGUAUUCACUCUGAGCAACCCAAUGUAAUUAAUUCUCUUGUAGACAUUGUUACGGCGGAAGUACCUGAGAAAAUUGUUGUUAAAGAAACGAUUGUGAGCUCAAAUACAAUACAGCAAUCUGACAUUAUCACACAAGAAGAUUUUGUAGAGUUACCAAAUUAUACUCAAACAUGCGUUAACGCCAGACCUACUCAGGUUUUUGAAAAAAAUAUACCAGAAACAAUAUUAUCACAAGUGAUGGAAAAUACCGAAAUUUUAGGUCAAAUGGCAUCGGCUUCGAAAAAUUUAGCCCAGUGUCUAGUAGAACCUUUAAAUAAUAUUCUGACAGAAGAACGAACUUCUCAUGAAAUGCCGCAAGAAAUAAUUUCACAGAAAUAUGAAGAAACAAAAGCUGAUAAGAAUUACGUUGAGUUGCAAUCAGUACAAAAAACCGAAGUAAUUGCAUCUGAGAAGACUCUUAACUUCAAUGAAACAAAAGAGCAAAUAGAUCAAAAGGCAGACCAGAGUAAUGAAUAUCAAAAACACGUAGAAAUUUUCAAGCCGCAACUAUUGGAAACUACAACUUCUUUGUUAACACCGAAUCAACAUAUUCCAACAAAUGCUUCUAUUGACUUGGAAGCUCACACAACUUAUGUCACAAAAGAAAUCACAUGCCAGGAAGCUCCUAUAAAACUAGAAGUUGAUCAAAAAUAUUCAACGACAGCUAAAAAACAACUAUUAGGAAUUACUCCUUUGGAGCAAAUAGAAACUUUUUGUCAAGAACAUGCACAUGAUAUCCAAACGGAAGAUACCUAUCAACGAAAUAUCUUGGAAGCCAAGCCUUUAGAGAUAUCACCCAUCCAGCAGAUGGAUGUUAUAAUCCACGAGAGUGAAAUAAAUACUGACUUUGGGAAAUUGCCUCGAAUGGAUACAGCUUCUGUACUCAUAAAGUCAGCAGAAGGUAUAAGUAUUUCUGAAGUUUGUGAUGAAAACAUUACACAAACCUUUACGAAACCUAAAAAACAACAAGGUAAUGCACAACCAACAAUCACUCCUAUGAAACACAUAAAGUGCACAGAAAACAUUUUGGAUAGUCAAGUUGAAGAUUUGAUAACUGAUGAAGAUAUUGAUCAAUUAAAAACAAUAACCGUGAAAACACAAUCCGUAUCGCCUUUAAUCGUAGCAGAUUAUACUACAUUACAAAAUGAAUCUAAACUACCCUUACAAACAUUACCAGAAAAACAUAACGCUGUUUCGGGUGUAACUGUGCUAAGUGUACUAGAAGUAAACGAUGAAUUUAUAAAUGAACAAACAAUGCCUUUUGAUGAUACAUACAAACCUCUUCUUUGUAAAUCUAAUGUAGCGAAAAUUGACGAAAAAACAAUUAUCGUUUCACAACCAGAUAUACAUUACUCGGAAGACCACGAAAAUAUUUCUCAAACUCUAUCACAAUAUUCAUCUGAUAUGGAAGAAUCAGAAGAAAUUGUUUCAAAGUUCAUACGUGGACCUGGCCAAGAAGAACCAAUACAGAUAAAAACAAAGAGAACAGUGUUGAGAAAAAAACGUAAAUCUGGAGACGAAUACGAUAAAGGUGACAUAGUCAUCGAGGAAACAUUGGACGAUGAAAACGUAGAAAAACUGAGACCACGAAAAAUAAAUAAUAUACUAAUAGAAGAAUACGACGGUGACGAUUUAACUAUGGUUGUCGAUACUGGUAAAAGUACAGUUGAAAUGCCAGAUGAAUAUUUAGAGAUACCGAAAAUGACAACACAGGUGUUAAUAGAAGAAGUAGAAGAAAAAAUGUCUGAUUCAACUUUUAAACAAAAUAAACUAAAAACGUCUGUAGAAGUGUUUGAAGUUCCGGAAGAGCAAACCGUCGAAGAAAUCGAUACACCUGAGGUUGCCCGACACGUCGGUGGAAGUGGUUGA